GGGGGUGGGGCGGUGGCUCCGGCUCCGGCCCUGGUCCGGGCUCCGGCCACUGGCCGCUCAUUCGGAGCCGCAGCGGGCAGUAGUGUCCGGAGAGCGGCCCUCCCGGCGGCGACAUGUCGGUCACCAUCAGCCUGUUCGAUUUGGCCAAUUUGUCCAUCAGCCACCCCGAGCCCGGGAUGGUCAACUUCCUAGCGCUACACUCCCUGCUGCAUGCCAUCCUCAAGACCCUGGGCAUCCAGCAUGUCCAGACUGAGGAGCCCGAGCUCUUCAAACUGCUGGACAGUACAGGCAGAGCCCCGCUGGCCAGCAGCCCCUCUCCCCUACAGGAGCAGCCACUGAGGCCAGAGCCCCGUGGGGCCAGGAGCCGGGGACCAUACCUGCAGCUGGAGGAGAAGCUGCGGGACGUGGAGCAACAAGUGCAGGAACUGAGAAGGUUGCCCACUGGCAUGGAGCUGUUGGAGAGCAGCAAGAAACACGGCAAGUCGGUGCACGACAUGUGGAACCUGCUGCAGCUUCGCAAGAACACCGAGACCAACAAAGAAGGGGUUGACAAGGCUAUGUCUUUGAUGGAGGAGAUGGUGCAGGAGAUAAAUGAUUUGAAGAACUUCAAAAAUACUGUUGAAGAUCGCAUGACUGACAUUGACAAAGAUAUAGACAUGGUGACAACCCACAUAAGUUUAAUAAAUGAGCUACUGAAUAAAACUCCAGAACAAUUGCAGAAGUUUGUCAGUUGGAAGAUGCUUCAAAACACCCUUGUGGAUACUCCUCAUGAUCGUUCAGAUGAUAUUAGAUUGUUUCUAGCGAGCGAAGACCCUGACAAGUCUCCCCAUGCUCCCGAUGUUAAACCUGAAACCUCAUAUCAACCAAUGAUUUCUGAAGAUGCUGGCAGUAAACCUGCUGCCUCAAAAGAUAAACCUGCCUCAGCAAAUGACAUACACUCAAGUGAAAAAUCUUUGAGAAAACUGGAAACUGAACUGAUGGACUCAGCUUCAUUUUUGGUCACUGAGGAUGAAGCCCAACUUCAUCCAGAUAUUGCAUUAGCUCUUCAACACAUUCGACAUGUCACCGACACCCAGCCUGCUUUGAUCCAGCGAGUAACUGUCCUUGAAAAAGCCUUAGCAGAUUUAGUGUCAGGCAUGGAGAUUGGGAAAGGAACGGAUUUGCAGACUGCUGGUAAGACGUCGAGCCAUGCUGAUGAUGUGAAGUCAAAGGAAGACAUUAAAUCACAGAUAUCGUCUCUCAGGGACAUGGUGCAAAAUAUUGAUGAAGAACUGAAAGAAAUGCGCAAAUUUCAGCAAACAAGCAGCAAAGACAGAGGCCAGAUGCAGAAACAGUUAGAUAAAUUAGGGCCAGUCCUGGAGAAAAUCAUGAGCUCUUCCUGUGCGCUGCUGGGAAUGAGCCUGGGUCUGGAGACUGAAGUCACCUGCCCUGUCUGCAGUUUAGAUGUCAGUCAAGAUGCCAGCAAUCUGUGCCAGCGUUUCCAGAAAUUGCAGAAUACGGUUAACAGCCUCGUAGACUCAACCGAAGGCAAUGUGAAGGACCAGGAACUGCAGAAUCAGUUGCAGAACCACAUUCUCCAGCUGCAGGGUGAGUGUGAGAGGCUCAAUAUGAUGACCAGCCAACUUCUGCAGGAAGACCAACUCCAUCAGAAAAAUAUUGAGGCUUUGAAUGAGUCACUGAAUCGUUUGGAGAGAAAAUGUUCCGAUGGGAAUAUCAGCCGCACACAGUUUGAUGCUGUAACAGACCAGAUCAACAAGAUGAUUCAGGGAAUUCUGAACAAGAUCUGUAUGCAGGAGAAGGACUGGGGCAGUAUUCUCGAACAGCUCACAGCAGAGAUGGAUUGCAAGCUUAACCGUGUUGAACUGGAUCCAUUGAAGAAGCAGUUGGAAAAUAGGUGGAAAUCGAUUCGGAAGCACUUGCAGAAACAUAAAGGUUUUGAACAGGAAGGAGCUGCAGCACUGAAGAAGCAGCUCAUCAGCCAUUUCCACUGCCUCUCCUGUGACCGACCAUUGGAUAUCAAAAUGACCUCUGCCCCUAAUGUAAUCUCAUUUCCGAUACCGACCUAUCCUGUUCACGGUUAUCCCCGUUCCCACUGGCAGGAUAUUGAUCAUUCACGAUGGAGGAAUCGAGGAGUACAGUCCCAUGCACUACAUGAUCGGACUAUAAACAGCAUGCAGCGCCUGCACAUGAGCCUGUGCAGGCAGAUAGAGAGUGUGCAGACCCACAUUAAGGGAUCAGUCAAGGCAGUGAGUCCAUUUAUGAGGCCCCUGCUUCAUAUGGGCUGUCCAAUAGCAAGACCAGCUCCUCGCAAAAUGUAUGAGAGUCUCAUCAAAUCAGAACGGAUUUCCGAGCUGAUGGAGAGCUUCCCACCAAAUGCUCGAAGCUGUGGCGGGAGUCACACUCUGACCUCAGGCUACCAUCGCCGAGGCCUAAAGAGCUAUGAGCAUCAUCUGAGCAUGCUGCUCGAUGAGGAACACUCCAACAAGGCAGAGUCGGUUAUGGCGAGCGUGGACUCCUAUCCGCCCAAGGCAAGGAGCAGCCGUAAACUACCAUCCCUAACAGCCAAAGAUGUGAACAAGUGUAAACCAGCCAGGUGUCCCUCUCGGAAAAGCUCAUCUGCCAGACUCACCUGCAAUCCCCUGUGCUGUCCUCACCUCCCAUCUCUCAAACCACCAGGUUCAGUAAUGCCAAAGGAAAUGUUCUCAGAGCCUGACUGUCAGUUCCUGACCGAGCCAUCACUGCCAUCUCCUUGCAGUGAGAGUGAAACGUCAUCGGAGCAGCCCUCACUGUCUAACCCUUCAACCGAGCAGCCUCUGGACGUACCUGUACCCACAGGAGCAGAGCCACAGGCACCUGUCAAGUCUCUAAAUAUUUAAACCACUUUAAUAUAUAUGGAAAAGUUUUGUUAAAGAUUCAGUUGUGUCUCUUUGGCUCUUGGCUUCUGAGGAAGGUGAGAGGUGCUCCUGGGAAUAUUAAAGUGAGCGAGAUUUGUUUGUAAAGGAACAUGUUCUGAAAACAUCUGGUCGUUAUGGCUGUGAAUAAACAGGAAACUUUUGCCCGAGUUGGCUCCUUCCCAUCGUGCUUUCUGAUAUCAGUGAAGGAAAUCGCACAUUUCCAUGUAGCCUUGGGGUACAAUAGCCACUUGGCAUUGACCCUGAUUCCCAUCAUUUCCCUGUUACCGAUACAACAGUGACAGCGCUCAGGCCCGAACACACGGUCUCUCUGUUCUGACAGGUCCCCUCCAGACCACUCAUCAUCCUUGGAAAUAUAUCUCAGUUUCUUCACUGUCCCCAGGUCACAAUCCUGGAAUUCCCUCCGUCAGGGCAUUGUGGGUCUAUCUACAGCAUAUGGACUGCAGCAGUUCAGGGAGAGCUCUCCACGAUCCACCUUCUCCACAAUAACCAGAUCAGGCAGCAGCACCAUUCUGCAUGUGGUCCUGAAUAAUGUAGUUUGUUAGAAAGUAAAUAAACCAAACCGUAAAUACCUGCCAGGAUGGUUUAGGUUUGAAUGAAUUUCAUUGUGAGUUAGAAUAUGUCAGCUCCCUGAGUUGUGUGCCCCAAUCAGAGGUAGCUGACUGCAGAAUGAGUCCAUCCCAGCUCUGCACUGAGAUUGUUGCUAGGAGCUGCGGAUAUGAGUUAGACAGUCUUGAGAGUGAGGGGUGGGGGUAUGGAAACAAGGAGACAAAUCGGUGGGGGUGGGGAGGGUCAUCAGGACAGCGUCAAAGUUGGAGCAGGAUGAGAAUAACAGGACAGUUUGAAGGGGGUCAGAGUGGAGUGAGGGGUGACAGAGGAGAGUUUUAUGGGGAGGAGGCUGUGGGCUGAAGCAGGGUGUGGAUGAGAGUAUUCAGAGUUUCUGUGGUGAACCCGUGUCUGGGUUUAGACAUUAGUUGGUUGGGGACUGGGUUUAGUGGAGUUUCCAGGGUACAGGACCGAAUCAGUAAUGAGCCCCUCAGCGUGUACAAACAGUGUGGCCCCCUGGGAAAUUCAAAUCAAAACUUAUUGAAAAUGAACAAACGUGUAAAUGCAGAUCCAAACAUUGUGUCCUGUUAGAGGAAUGUUUUCAAAGACUUUUUGCCUUUAGUUUUGAAGGAUAAUGAUAGGUGGGAGAACUGAUGGUGGGUAUAAACUUUUAAUCCAAUGUUGACACGGUCACCAAGGCAACAAGGUAGCCUGUUCCCCCAAUGUUGGCAAUGAGUGACCAAAUUCCUCCCAAUUGCCAUACGCAUCCUCACCACUGCUCCCUGUCCCAGCCCUGUCCCCACACCGCAGCCCAGCUCACCCCUCCCCUUCUGUGAUAGUGACCAAAUGACCAGCUGUCCUGGGACUGUUAGUGAGCAAAUCCUCCAGCAUGCCUCCUCAGUCUGCUUGUGCCUGUCCUGAUUCUGUCAAAAAUCAUUUUUGUUUGCAAUUGUAUGAAUUGUCUUGCUGAGACCUGAUUUGUUCUACUCACUGUAUUAAAAUGUCAAACCGCUGAUUCCACACUUUGCUCAUCUGAAUAAAUGCCAUUUGAAAAAGGAAGUUUAA